AAAGAAGGAAGGAAGCAAAAAAGGAAAGAAGGCAAAGAGGGGGAAGGCUUAGAUCUGAAUGAGGGCUUCGAGGAGGACGACGUGGAGGAGAAGAAGGAGGGUUUGAAAGGGAGCGGGGAGGUGAGGAGGGCUCUCUCCAACUUUCUCGAGGCGGGGAGAGAAAAAUGCAGUUGGGGGAGCCUCCGCUGUUGACAGGCGCCCCGUUUUUCCCUUUGGAGGGCGCAGGGAGGAGGCACCUCAGCGCCCCUCCUUCCCCGCGCCUGGACUUGGAGAAAGGCGGGAAAAAGUUCAACGCGGCGUCGGGGAUGCUGGGCGAGGCGACGGAAGCGGUGGCGGCAUCAGUUGGGGAGACGUCGCCUUUCAAAGACUCCGGGCGCAAAGCUUCUCCUUGCCCAGCCGAGGAGGAAGCCCUCCCUCCCCCUCCUCCACCUCCUCCUCCUCCACCCCCUCCUCCUGCUCCUUCCCGCUACUCUUUGGACGGCCUGAGUCCGGAGAGGUACUACUUGCAGUCUCCAGGCCCUCCUGGAGGCGCGGAGUUGGGCGGCCCUUGCGCCCUUUUCCCUUACUCUGCGGGAAGCGCGCAAUCGGGUGCCAUGUAUCCGUCAGGAGGAGGAGGGGGUGGGGGAGGAGGAGGGGUGGGCAACGGAGGGGCGCGCUACCCCUACGGCUCCGUCCUCUCGGCUCCGGGCAGCUUCGCCAGCAGGACCCCCUUCGCCGGCGCCUACCAGUACGGCCAGGGCGCCCCUCCAGGCAGCCUCUACGGGCCCUACCCGGCCUCGGCGGGCUCCUCCUGCGGAGGGUUGGGCGCCCUGGCCGUGGCCGGAGGGAUGCGCGCCCAAGUCUUCCUCUGCAACCGCCCGCUCUGGCUCAAGUUCCACCGGCAUCAGACCGAGAUGAUCAUCACCAAGCAGGGCAGGCGGAUGUUUCCCUUCCUGAGCUUCAACAUCACAGGCCUCAACCCCACUGCGCACUACAAUGUCUUUGUGGAGGUGAUACUGGCAGACCCCAACCACUGGCGCUUCCAGGGGGGAAAGUGGGUGACCUGUGGCAAGGCCGACAACAACAUGCAAGGCAACAAGGUUUAUGUUCAUCCCGAAUCUCCCAACACAGGAGCUCACUGGAUGAGGCAAGAAAUCUCUUUUGGAAAACUGAAACUAACCAAUAAUAAAGGAGCCAAUAACAAUAACACACAGAUGAUUGUUCUUCAGUCUCUGCACAAAUAUCAGCCUCGGCUUCAUAUUGUGGAAGUGACAGAAGAUGGCGUUGAAGAUAUGAAUGACUCCUCUAAGACGCAGACCUUUAACUUCCCUGAAACACAGUUCAUAGCUGUCACUGCAUAUCAGAACACAGAUAUCACACAACUUAAAAUUGACCACAAUCCUUUUGCAAAAGGUUUCCGGGACAACUAUGAUUCCAUGUACACAGCUUCAGAAAAUGACAGAUUAACUCCAUCUCCCACGGAUUCUCCUAGAUCCCACCAGAUCGUCCCAGGAGCCCGGUACAGCGUUCAGCCCUUCUUCCAGGAACAAUUUGUCAACAAUCUGCCACCUGCUAGAUUCUAUAAUGGGGAAAGAACUGUCCCUCAAACCAACGGGCUGCUGUCCCCUCAGCAGAAUGAAGAGGUGACCAAUCCCCCCCAAAGAUGGUUUGUCACUCCAGUCCAGCAAGCUGGAGCCAACAAAUUGGACAUGAACUCCUACGAAACUGACUAUUCCUCUAGUACCUUACUCCCUUAUGGUAUCAAAUCCCUUCCCCUCCAGACUUCCCAUGCCUUGGGAUAUUACCCUGACCCGACAUUCUCCCCUAUGGCAGGAUGGGGCAGCAGAGGUUCUUAUCAGAGGAAAAUGUCUGCUGGCCUACCUUGGACCUCAAGAACCAGCCCCCCAGGUUUCUCUGAAGACCUGCUUCCCAAGGAGAAGGUGAAGGAAGAAAUUGGGUCAUCCUGGAUAGAGACUCCGCCAUCCAUCAAGUCUCUAGAUUCAAAUGAUUCUGGGGUCUACACUGGGGCUUGCAAAAGGCGAAGGCUCUCCCCCAGCACAUCCAGCAAUGAAAACUCUCCCACGAUGAAGUGUGAGGACAUUAAUGCAGAGGACUAUGGAAAGGACACCUCCAAAGGCAUGGGUUACUAUGCUUUCUAUACCAGUUCGUAAAAGGGACUGAGAGCCCACGUCUUGGGUGAAAACCUGACUGUUUUCUAUGAUAUAUUGUUAUUCUUUCUCAGUGGUGGUGUAGAGGUGUGUGGCAUCAAUGCUCCUUCCACCUUCUGAGAUGUUCUUGUGCAAUUCUAGAGAGAAGGUGCCAAAGCUUUGGACUGAAUAUUACAGGGGGGAAAGGGAACAAGUAGGGUAGCACUGUCCUCUCCACCUGGGCUAAAAAUCACCCCACUAUGGAUCUGUCUCCCAACUCCUUGAUGAAAACUUGAAGGAAAAGGUCUAAAGGCUAUCUUACUAUUCAGUAAGACUUUCUUAGUGGACAGGAAAAGGAAUAAAAAAAGAUAUAGUUCAGACAGUAGCUAACUCUUAUGAACAAGCAGACUGAAAGUUCCCUGAGUUAACGAGAGAACAGGCUUGGGGAAAAAAUCAUUAGGUUUGUUGUAGCAGUAAAUAUUCAGAACUGAUACUUUACCUAUAGAAGAAAUUCUUCCGAAUUCACAAGAACUGAAAUGUUUUUUAGGGAUUAAAAAUUCCUUUGUCUUGUCUUGGGCGACUUGACGUUAAAUGUGUUGGCAGAGAGAGAAGCCCUAUGAAGGUAAGGCAAACAAAAUACAAUGUUACAUGUACAGCUCUGUGUCUAGGUAUAUCGUAGACUAUGACCAAAAAAAUAAUUAUUCUAGUUCUAGUCAUGGCAGUGAAUCUGGAUAUGUGAAGAUGGUGUGUAUUGGGAGUUUCUCCUUUAAACAACUGUUUGAUCUGACAAUGGGCACUGUUGCCCUGAGCACAUUAAAUUAUCUAUUUAUUGGUAGGUGGUGAAUGUAUGUUUCAGCUCUUCUCAAUGGAAAGUGUGUUGUGACUCCUGUUGCUCAGUUUGUAAAUAAUUUUAUGAGAUGCUGUUGAAGUGGCAAAAGACUUUUAAAAACAAAGCAUUAGUUUUAUUUGGGGAGGACCUUGGGCUGUACAUAUAUGGUUUUUAAUAAACGUGUUGCAAUGGUA